AUUCUUGUGUUCAAAAGUGUAAAAACAAUUUGUUAACUGUGGCAGCUGUUCACUCUAAUAAUCUAGCACAAAUGAAUUGUUCCAACAAGCAUUGUUCUUCCACUCAACGCUCAACAGGCCAGACUAAUUUGAAUAUAUCUUAUGCGUAUUUAACUUCAAAUUCAAAACUCCAGAGGGCAGCAAACAGAUUCCUAAGCUUCUGCUAAACACAAGUGUUAAUUAUAGAGUGGAGAUAUGUGUCAAGCUUUACGAGAGCAUAGAGGUGGAAAUUGAUUCGGUGUUAUUGGAUUUCACACUGUGGAGCUACUGUGUUUGUAGCAAGGGCUCGCAAGGAGACAGUAACAGGAAUAGGCCUACUGUGAAAUUGUCUGUUUACAGUGGAUCGCAAAGAAACGAUACUUCAGUUUUUAGAAAGCAACCAGAUCUAUUUUUAAAUGCAUCGUUGGUUAUUCCUUGUGAAAAAAUUAUUGACCUUCCAAUUUGAUAUGAGGAAUGCUUAUUCAGUAGAGCAGCAUAUGGAGUAACUAGGUUUUCAAGGAAAUUUGCUUGAAAGUUAACUCUUAGUAAAUAUCAGUUUAAAUAAAAAGAAGAGUUUACUCUUUUUAAAAUUUGUUCGGAAUCUCAUCCAGAUCCUUUUAACAUGGAAGGUAGUGAAGGGCAUGGAAGCAGUCACGGCAGUCCUCUAAUCGAACUUCCUGAUGAUCAGUCUGGAAGAGCCACAUUAGAUAUUCGAAGACGUUUUGAACUUGGAGAAUUACAUCCUCUGGUAAAUCCUCGAGAUGAUGAAGUAGAGGUCCACGGUCCAGAGAACUCACCCCUUAUUCAACGUCACGGUCCUUCCACACCAUGUAACAUCAGCAGAAGCCGGUAUUCUGAAACUUCCGAUUCACCAGUAAAAGAGAAGAAGAGGUCGUUCUCUGUGAUAGCUAACCAAGGUAGCGUUAGGAAACCGCAAAGAAAACUAGAAGUAUUAGAUAUGUCUCCUCAGGAUGAUGUCACUACAGUUCCAGCAACACCAAUAUCAGGGAAUCCCCAGCCACGCCCGAUUGAUUACAAUGCCUACUCUACCAAGAAAACGAUUGCAGAAGGUUUGUUGGACGUCGCUUUACUCCUUGCCAAUGCAUCACAAUUCAAAGUCUUGAUCAUACAAGGCCCUUCAUAUCACUUUUAUGGCUUUGUCAUGACCAUGUUGAUCCUCUCGUUUAUCUUACAAAUUGCUGUCGGCGUUAUUCUCCUGCUUCUUGGCCGUGACAACCUCAACAACAUGUAUCACCAACGCCGUCUUGAUAAACUGAACAACUGGGCUACUGCUCUUAUCUUUGUCAUCUUAAUAAUUAAUGUAUUUAUCGGAGCAUUUGGCCUGAACACGCAGAUGGGUGGAUGAAGGGAACUGAUUGAGGAGUUACUGUGUCUGUGCAAUUUCUGCUUAUCGUUUUACGUAGCAAUUUCAUACUCCCGAAUGUUAAAAGGGAGGUUUUAUCAUUCCAGAUAGAAACGGUUAAGCAUCAAUGAUGUUGAAAUGCUGGUCACUUCAUCAUAUAAAAAAAUAAAUCAAUGCAUUAUUUUAGAAAGUAAACAUCAAGAAAGAAAUUUUAUAUGGCAAAAUUUUGGAAUAAUCACAUUUGAUUACGGUAAUAUACCAACUGAAAUGGAGUCUUUUGCUCCUAUUAAAUUUAACCAAUUUAUUGAUUCUGGAUGUGAAUAAUUGUCAUAAAAAUCCAACUAUGCAGAAACAAAAACAAAAAAGAAAACUGAAAAUGAAGUAAAAAUAUAUAUGGUGAAGAAUUUUGAAAUCUAGGUUUUGAUAAUGUUAAAUCUUGUUGUGUAGUACAACAAUUGGAAGAGGUAAAAUUGUACUCGUUCUUUGCCCUGCCACCCCAUUCACUUGCGAACACCAAAGAUAAAGUGUAUCGUGUUGGCUUCCACACAUGUAAAGGCCCAAAGCAUAUUUACGUAAUUCAUUAAAAUAAUAUUACUGUUUUUUUGUGCACCAAAGUUGCUGUUAUGGAGCAUUCACUGUGGAUAAUUAUGAGUGGAGAGAUUUAAAGCUAUCCUUGGAUAGGUGUGAGCUGACUUGUGAACAAAUUAAAAUAGUGUUAAAAUACAAUCAAAGGAUGAAUUUUGGUUCAAUAAAUUGCUAUUUCUAUAAGCUUACAUACAGAACAAAGUAGAGGUCUCACUCAAAUUAAACAAUACUACUGGGACUAGGAAUUUCCCGGUCAAUAGGAGCUUUGGUCUUUAAUUUGGAAAUUUUUUUAUUUUUGAUAAAAGACAAGUAUUCAGUUUGCACUGCAGAAAGGUGGUCUUUAAUUAGAGAGGUGGUUAAUUGAAGAUUGAAGGUGGUCUUUAAUUAGAGGGAGACUUGUACUUAAACGUAAGUUGAAUCAGUGUACAGAUCUCCCUCCAAUUAAACACCGCUAUUGGGACCAAGUUUUUCCUGGUCAUUAGCAGCUUUGGUCUUUAAAUUGAAAAGACAAUAUUCAUUCAUUAAAUGCAAAAACAUAAAAAUAUGAGGCUUUCACAGUCCCAUUUUUGCAGAAGGCAGUCCAGAUUUUAAGAACAAAUAACAAUGCUGAAGAAUGGAACAUUUGUAGAAAUACAUGAAAGUCAUUUAUACGAGGACCAAAUUUUAAAUCAUCACUAAGUAUGUUCAGAAGAGGUAAUCUUGGAGUAGUUUACUUCUUGCAAGACAACCUUAAUUCUAGCCUUCAUUUCCACCUCGCCUAAACAUGCCUAGUGUAUCUCAAUUAGUUAACCAAACUUUUAAGAAAAAAUAUUCAAAAUUGAAUUUUGACUAUUUAAUCUGUAACUUGUAAAUAUAGUGAUGUUUUUAAUCAAUGUUGUUAUUGUUGUUGCUAUACUGCUGCUACUGCCUUUCGAGAAUAAACUGCAGAUUUUAAAUGUUGUCAUUGAUGUUUAUAGUACUGUAAUUGGUUUGUUUAAAUAUUAAUUGUAGUAUUUAUAUAUGUACAGAGGUAUGCUUAUAUUGGUAUUCAGUGUAGUCUAUAUUUAUUUAUCUUUUACCAUAUCAUAUUUAGUUAGCUAACUCUUAAAACGUUAUUUACAGUCUUAUCAUGGACCUAUUAAUAAGGUCUAUGGUCUUAUGAUUAUAAUUAUAAUGACCAACUACACAAUGUUUAUACUUGUUUAUUAAUUAAAUAAUUAAAGAUACACUGUUUGCUUUGAGCUAAUGGUACAAUAAAAUUCAAGAUUUUAAUUAAGUUACUAAAUUUCUUUCCAAAAACAUACACUGCCAGCUAAGUCUAACAUAAAGUUGAAAGUGUAAAAACGAGUAGAAUUGCUUUUCUUGUAUAUUUUAAUAAACGAUAUUUCAAAUGAAAAUUAUAUCAAGAACAGUAGUUUCCUGGCUACAUUAAUAGCAGAUGUUAAAGCACUAUAUAUAUAUUCAAAGAGUAUAGAAUUGUAAGAGAUCCGAAAACCCUGAUUAUUUAUGCACGUAAUGAGACGCUAAAAAAAAAGUACUGUACUACCAUGCGAUAGGGGAUGCCCUAAUAAUAGAAUUCAAGCUAGUACUUUUUGAAAAUACGAUGGCAUUCCAACGAAACCCUGAGAGUCGGACCACUUACAGUUCUACUCUUUGAUACAGUCGUUAAAAUGAGCAAUCCACAUUUUUAUUUUUAUUUUCCAAGGUUUUUUUUCCUUUUACGUUUUCAAUAGCUGUAUACCUUAUAUCUGCUAGGAUAAAUUUACAGAUGUUAGAAGUUGAUGACUUUUACAUGUUUUAAUGAACAAUCCAAUGUUUGAAUUAAAUUUUAAUACAAACAGUAUAUCUAUAAAUAUUAUUAUUAUGAUUAUAAUUACUUUUAUUAUUAUUAUUAUUAGCAUGUUGUUACUACAUUGAACAUAAUGUUCAAUCAAUAGGUACUUCACCAUAGCCUAAUUUUCCACCCUAAUUAUUAUAGACAAUAAAGACAUCUUGAAUAUUAUCACAUUAUUGUAGGUAUUGAUAUUCAUGUUUAAUGUGUUAUUUUAGAGGUUGAUUAAAGAGUUAUUUAACAGUAUAAGAUGAUGUAAUAUUCAGCAUUAUAUUUUACCGGGGCAACAGUACUAUUAUGUAGCAGAAGUAAGAAUGAACUUUUCAGAUACAAACUUUUCACUCCGAUACAAACGUUUCAUUGCUAUGUUAAUAUAACUGUAUAUACUUUGGGUAUUUUCUAAAGGUAUUAUUUUAUUUUACUACAAUUCCUUUAAAUAUACCCACAGUAUGUACUAUUAUAAUGUAUUAAUGAUUUAAGUGUUGAAAACCUUAUUUCAUAGAUUUGUAUAGUACAAGUGUUUUUUUUCAAUUUUUCACAGUAAUAUUCACAUAAUAAUGUCUACAUUUCCCUAGGAAAAUCCAAGAAAGAGUUCCCAACUUGGUAUAAAAGCUCAUAGUUCCGUUUGUAAAAGCAGCUAUAGUUCUUUAAAUUCAAUGGAGAUCCGUUGUAUUUAAUGUGGUAGCAAGUAUAAACAUGGUAUAAUUUAUAUUUUAUCUGGAAUUCAGAAUCUGAAUUAUUAUUUUCGAAUAUUUUAAACAAAAUCAAAAUAGGAAAUGAAUCAUGAUGCUUGAAACUUAGCCUGUUCUUGGAAUCUGGUUCAAUUGUGAAAAUGUUGAGUCUAAUUUUUGAAACUAAUUUUUCUUGUUAAAAACCCCACAAAACCUGAGAGAUAUUCUUAUCACAGAAGAUGCAUGUACAAUAAAGCACUUUCAAUUACUUGUGUAACAAAAGCAUGUACAGUGCUGUGCAAAUAGUCUAUGAUGCCAUGGAGGUAUAAAAAUAGUCCAUGAUGAUGCUAAGAUACAGAGUCAUUACUCAAUCUGGUAUUGCUGCUGGAAGAGAGAGACUAAAUACUGUACUCACGUCAUCUUAGAAUUGCGGCUGGAACAGAGAGACUAAACAAGAUGAGAUAAUAAAUCAUGAAGCAACAAUUUGCAUUAGUACUGUGGAUACAUUCCAUGUUGAUACUAUUUCCCAAACAUUAUGUUAUCACUACUUUGGAUAUAAUAAUUACUUCCUCUGCUAUUAUAAAUUUUAGUAUUAAACAUGUUCUAUGCUUACUCAA